UUCUUAGUGUGAAAUAGCAAAAAGCCAGUGCCCAACUCACCGGUCCCGGUCUUCUUCCUACCAAAUCUAGGGUUCUCUUCGAUCUCUGCUGCGUUUCAGGUUUCUUCCUCCUGAAACGCUGUCGUUUUUGUCCCUCUUCUUCUCCCCCUUCUCGUAAUUCGUCGAAAUGAAGCUCACUGUGAAGACUCUCAAAGGAAGCCACUUCGAAAUUAGGGUUCAGCCCACCGACACCGUGAUGGCUGUCAAGAAAAAUAUUGAAGAUGUACAAGGAAAGGAUAAUUAUCCUUGUGGUCAACAAUUAUUGAUACACAAUGGCAAAGUUCUGAAAGAUGAAAGUACACUGGCAGAAAACAAAGUAUCUGAAGAGGGUUUUCUUGUUGUCAUGCUCAGCAAGAGCAAAGCAUCAGGCUCGGCAGGGCAGUCGUCAACUCAGCCUGCUCAAAACCCCCCUGUAGCUCAACCAAUUUUAAAUUCAACUUCUGCUACCCAAGUUACACCAUCGCCGACUCCUGCACCUCAAGCUCCCACACAAGCACCAUCAUCUGCCCCCAAGAACACUACGUCUACUUCAGACAGGGCGACAGAUAAUGUGCAAACUGAUACCUAUGGGCAAGCUGCUUCAAAUUUGGUUGCUGGUAACAACCUGGAACAGACCAUACAACAACUAAUGGAUAUGGGUGGUGGCAACUGGGACAGAGAAACAGUUGUCCGUGCAUUAAGAGCUGCUUAUAACAAUCCAGAGCGAGCAGUGGAUUACUUAUACUCUGGUAUUCCCGAAUCUGCAGAAGUUGCAGUACCAGUGGGUCGUUUUGGUUCUGGUCAAGCCACUGAAACUGAUACAUCUCUUCCUGCACCUGUUUCUGGGGCACCUAACACAGCCCCCUUGAAUAUGUUUCCUCAGGAGGCACUUUCUGCUGGCGGUGGCAGCGGCAGCGGUAACCUUGGAUCUCUUGAAUUCCUUAGAAACAAUCCGCAGUUCCAAGCCUUGCGGACGAUGGUGCAUACAAACCCUCAAAUCUUACAGCCCAUGCUUCAAGAACUUGGAAAGCAGAAUCCCCAGCUUUUGAGACUCAUUCAGGAUCAUCACACGGAGUUCCUUCAGCUAAUCAAUGAACCUAUUGACAACUUUGAGGGAGAAAUGUUUGAACAGGCUGAGCCGGACAUGCCUCAUGCCAUUAAUGUCACUCCGGCCGAACAGGCAGCCAUCGAACGACUUGAGGCAAUGGGAUUUGAUAGAGCGUUGGUCAUCGAGGCAUUUUUGGCAUGUGAUCGCAACGAAGAACUAGCAGCUAACUACUUACUGGAGAAUUCUGGCGAUUUUGAUGAUUAACGAACGAACAAUUAAUGUUAACUGCUCUGGAUUCAUUAUUUUUGGUGCUGAGGUGAAUUGGUACCCUUGUCAGCAUUCUUCACUUUCCGAGUCUUCUUUGCAUUGCAUUUUACAUACUCUACUAAUAAAUAGGAAAAUUAAUUCUUCAAGUAUGGUCUUUCCGAUUUAGAGAAUUGGAAUUUCAUGUUUAAAGCCUCAUUCGUUGCUAACUGGUUAGAGUAUUGCAGAUAGAUCUUGAGGUUUCGAAACUUUUCUCUCAAUCGUGUAAAUAUAAUUAUUGAAAAAUAUCAACAGAUUUUUACAUCUAUCUUUCAUGGUUAUUGGGA